AUAUACUUUAUUAGUAUUUAAUAGUACUUUUCACUUGACGCAAAAGACUUCGGGGCUCUACUACACAACAACCGUUGCCAGGAAGUGACGUUGCAUAGUUACAAGGCAUGUGACGCCCCCAGCAGCCCGCUGACAAACACUUUGUUUUUUACAGCAGAAUAGCGUUUAAUUUAUUCGACUUUUCAACAUAACACAUACUUUUAAGAAACAAAAAUGUACAUGUAAGGUGAAAAAUACUGUUUUCCUGCGACUAUUCGACAGGGUCAAUGGGUCAGGAACAUCAACAUGUUAAACCCCAGUGAAUUAGAAGGUGAAGUGGAUCAUUCAUUCUUCGACAGUGAUUGUGACAUUAGCCGUGUCAGUCGAGAUGGCAGGAAAAAUAUUGAGAAAUGCCUGAAAGAUGAGAAGGAAAACCUGCCAGUUCAUGAGGAGCUGAAUAAAAAACAGCCAGACAACAUAAAAGGUGGUGUAUCCCCAAAGACUGAAGGGGCAACAAAACAACUGAAGCCGGUCGAGAGCAACCGUAAUGACAGCGCAGAAGCAAAAGAAACCUGCUGUCUGUCCACAGAAAAAGAGAGGAGCAGAACAUCAAGCAUAUCCUCUGUUAGCAGUUCUUCAGCUGAAGUCAUAAAUGAUGGUAGUGAUGGUGAGGAGGAGCUUGAUUUGCGAUCUGAAAGGCCAAAUGGAAAAUGUAUGUCUUUGUUGGCUGAGGAGGUUGAUGUUACAGAUAUGAACAAACAGAGUCCAAAACAGACUGGAGAAGAAACAUCAUCCAGUGCCAAACUCUCUGGCUCAAUAGGAGGAAAUAAACGCUCCCCGAAAAGACGAAUAAGAAAUCGACGCACCAGAAGUCCAUCCCCCACUUCAACCGAGGCCAGCGUUGAUGCAGACUCGGAAAGUUCAGGUAGCAGUCUCAAAGGGAGAAGCAGUUUAGAUCCCGCCACCCUUUCAAGACCCAACAAGUCUUUAUCCCCAGGAGGGAGAAGCAACCGAGUUGGCUCAGAAGGUUCUCGGGAUGUGCCCUUUUACCUUACAGAGGUAUCGGAAGAUUCAGUAACAGAUGUGAGCCCCCUCUCCUCUUCAGACUCAAGCCCCCACCGGUCACUGGAUCUGAACCAAACAGAGGCUGACGAGGGGCGCCUUACAGAGCAGCAGCAGCAUCCACAGCAGCUGCAGGAGGAGAGGGUGCCCUCCAGUGGCCUUAGCAACACACAUGAAGAAGAGGAAUCUGAUCAAGACAAUGAUGGCUGCUUUUUCAGCUCAGAGAGUCAGCUCGGAGGUAAACUGGUCCUCCCCCAUCCUGGAGCGAGAAACAGAAAGAACUACUCGUUCACCAAUGACCAGGUCCGAUGUAUAGACCAAGAGAACCAGCGACUUCUUCGGGAGCUUUCACGCCUCUCUCCAGGACCCAGACCAGGAAGUUCAGCAGGGAAGAAAAGUCACAUGUCUAAAAACUCACCACCCAUUCGCCUCUCUCACAGCGCACUCAACAGGCAAAGGGAACAACAACGCAUUGAGAGGGAGAACCUGGCUUUUCUAAAGAGGCUGGAGUCUGUCAAACCUACACCUGGUCUAAAGCGCUCAGAACAACUGGCAGACUACCAGCGACAAAUAGAGUACCUGGGAGGUCCUUCUUACCCUGAUUUUACGUCCACAAUGAAGGAGAGCUUUACCAGCAAGACACCUUCAGCAGGUCCCAGGCCAGUCACUUCUGUCCACCGCAGCUCCAGACCAGUUUCUACUCCUGCUGACUCUAGACCGCAUACAAGGUCAAACAAGCCAAGUUCAGCAAGACCAGCAUGGAGCUGAGAACUCUUGAGGAUAUCAGUUCUCUAACAAACUGUCGCUGGUUCCCUUUAGAGGCAUCUAUUGUUUCCUUUCUUCAUGAAAGUUGCUGUUUGGAAGGAGAUGAUGUACAUGCAUACAGUCACUGUAUCUUUAAUUGACUUGAUAACCUGUGCAGUGCGUAGUGUUGGCAUGCUUAUAAAAGCUUAUAAAAGCCCUAUGUUGGCAAUAUAUAUAUAUCAGUGUUUCCCCUAAGUUUACAGCUUUUUGGGGGCAGGGGGGGGUGCGGGCAGACGGACGCCGACACAAACACUUUAAGGAAUCGAUGUGUUCAUGCGUUACUUUUAAUGACAGCUGUCCUGUUCUGUCAGAAAGGUAUCCUUAAUGACUUCUUUCCCUGAUUUCCGACUCUAUCCACUAUCCCAUCUCUACAAUAAAGGCACAAAAAGCCCAAAAAUAAAUCUAAAAAAAAAAUAAGAAAAUAUCUUCUUUUUUUUUUUUUUUUAUUAACUUCACCUUCUUAGGGCCGCCCCCCUAAUAUAAUGGUAGGGGAAACACUAUAUAAUUUAGCAAAUGAUGCUCAAAGCAACAUUAAUGCAUUUAAAUUGUUCAUUUGUUGUUUCUUAAUAUGGAUGUAAGUCUACCAAACAGUUAGCAGCAGCCAUCAGCAGCUUUGUUGAAAUUACAAGCUAUUUAUUAUUUAUAAUCUCUAUGAGGGAUGUUUACAUGAAACCUGCAUUUUUGUUUGUUUGCCAUUUUCCCCAUAUAUGAUGCUUUAUGGAAUUAUGUCAAUAAACAAAUAAAUAUUUGAAAGACUA